AUGAUCAAAAGCAAUCUUGUCUCCAUAUUUUCUAUCAGAUUCAGAGUUUUGUGGAGUUGCAGAAAAUGGUGUAGGCAAAUUGGUGGAAGAGUGGGGAGAGUUCCAAAACCUUGGGUCCCUCUUCUAGUAGGUUGGUUAAAGGCCAAUAUUGAUGGAGCCUUUGAUAAAUUUUCACAGCGGGGUGGUGUUGGGGUUGUGUUUCGGGACUCUGAGGCUAUUAUUGUUGGAGGUCUCUGUUUUCUUGUCACUCAUGUUUCUAUGCCUGAGAUGGUGGAGGCUCUUGCCAGUAGAGCGUUACAUUGUAUGUUUCUUUGUUUGUUCACAUUGCCCAAUGUUGAAAAUGAAGGUGCUAGGCGAGAUGCAGUAGAAGCUACUUUGGAGCGCAAUCCAAAUGCAUUUAGGCCAAAAAUUGCAAGCAGCCCACAUGGCCCACGGGAUAGUCGGGAGGAAGCAGGUGAGCUUGUGGUCUUGGCAAAGCACAAUAAAGGAUGCCACUGCAAGAAAUCAGGGUGCCUCAAGAAAUAUUGUGAAUGCUUCCAAGCCAACAUUCUCUGCUCUGAGAACUGUAAGUGCAUAGACUGCAAAAACUUUGAAGGAAGUGCAGAGAGACAAGCUCUAUUUCAUGGUGAUCAUAACAACAACAUAGCAUAUCUUCAGCAGGCAGCAAAUGCUGCCAUUACUGAUGCUAUCGGAUCCUCUGGAUACAUAUCAUCCCCACCGAUAUCCAAGAGAAAAGGUCAGGAAAUCUUUUUUGGACAGACAGCCAAGGAUCAGUCAGCUCAUAGGAUAGGACAGUAUCCACAGGCAAACCAUCUCAGACCGCCUGCACCAUCUUCGUCUUCUGCCCCUGUUUCUCGCCUUGGUACUGCCGGAUUAGGGCCUUCAAAGUUCACAUACAGGUCUCUCCUAACAGACAUCAUCCAACCACAGGACUUAAAGGAGCUCUGCUCAGUUUUGGUUGUGGUAGCAGAAGAAGCAGCAAAGACACUUGCAGACAGAAGAAGUGCUGCAGAGGAGGCAGAAGCCAAAAGGAAUCUGAUACUCAGAAAGUUGUGACUGAUGAUUGCACUACACCUUUUAAAUCCAAAUCUCUGA